GUAAUUAUAAAUCAGCUGUCAGCUGGAGUGAUUGGUUUUUCUUUUUGUUGUGCGCUGGCCGAAAGAAAAAAUAGUAUAGCCAGUGUUUUGCUGGUUAUUUUAGACCCGAAACUCUAGCAAACGGCCGAGUACUUUGCGGAGGAGCCCACAUUAAAGAUGGUUCAAGUGGGCAACUGGAUUUUCAACCUGCUUUUGCUGGCCAUUUCGAUGGCGUCAGCAUAUGCCGACGUCACAACGCAAAACGCUCUGCUGGGUGGCAGUAAGAAACACAAGGAAAUCCAAAUCCCAGAAGCUCCAUCCCAGAAUUUGGUGUGCCACAAGAUGCUGCGGCACGUUUUCGAGAAUGCCACGCCGCGGGAUGAACAACAGGCGGGCGUCUUCGAGGAGUACAAGCCCCCGCCGGAUUCGGUGGAGCCCCUGGAGGAGGAGGCCUACCUCUGGAACUGCCUGCAGGCGUGCUGCGAGAAGCCCCGAAAUGCCACCAGUUCCUGCAACGUGGUGCUCGUCUUCAAGGGCAAGUGCUACCACAUCCGUUGCCAGAGCAACCAGGCCUGUUUGCCCAAGCUACGGGUUCGGAUGCCCAACGAGAAGGUGCAAAUGGUGCUGGUGAAUCCCCUGGGCGAGGCCACCUGGCCACAGCUCCUCAAGGCGGAGGCCGCCAAGCAGAAUGCCGAGAUCCUGCCCUACGACGAGGCGGCUUUGAAUUUCUGGAAGCAGCCCAGGCGAUUGGGCUACCUGGCUCGCAAUCAGGAAACCCCCGUUUAUGAGGAUGACGAUUUCCCUUUGGCCGACAAGCGGAUGAAUCAAAUGAUCUUCCAGCCCGACGAGAACGAUGUGUUGGCCAACGAAGAGCUGGGCUACUAUGAUACCAAUGCCAAGUUUACAGCCUGUGAUGUGGAGAACCCUUGUCCACCUCCACAGCAAUGUGUUCCUCUCCAACCGAAUGCCGUGCGAGGAGUUUGCACCUGUCCCGAGGGAUUCGUGUGGAACAAACAGAGGAAAUGUGUAAUGGCAGCGGUGCCCUAUAGCUCCUAUCUCACCAGCAAUGAGGCAGGACAGCAGGAGGCGGCUGCUAGUGAGAAUUCACCAGAGGUAUCUGCUCCUCCUUUGAAAACCGAGCAGAGUAAGGAUAUUGUGGUGUCCGUAAUGUCCAAGGAAGUUCGCCUGCCGGAACAGGAGGUUACCCUCGCCGCCUUUACGGUUCCCGAUGAGCAGACCAGCGAUACCAAGUACAAAUACCUGUGGACACUCAUUUCCCAACCGAAAGGUCCCAUGAACGGCACCAUUUCGGAUCAGAGCAAGUCCAAGGUGAAGCUAUCGAAUCUUUCCGAGGGCCUGUACACCUUCAAGGUUACAGUAACCGGGGACAACGGAACCUUUGGCGAGGCAACGGCAAAUGUAACCGUUCUCCCAGAGAACCGCAUCAAUCAGCCGCCUCAGGUGAUCAUUUCGCCCAGGGAGCAGAUCAUCCGGCAGCCCACAACUAAUGCCAUACUGGAUGGCAGCACCAGCACGGAUGACGAUAAGAUCACCAAUUGGCACUGGGAGGUGAUCUCGGGACCCAUUGGUUAUCAGCCAGUUUUGCCCGAGGUUAAUACCCUCCAACUGGAUCUCACUUCCCCGGGAAACUAUACCUUCAAGUUGACCGUAACCGAUUCGAAUAACGUGACCAACUCCACCACGGCCACCAUUGCGGUUCUCAAGGAAACCGACUAUGCUCCGGUGGCGAAUGCCGGUGAUGCGGUGAUUUUAUAUCUCCCAAACAAUAAUGUCACUCUGAACGGAACUGCCAGCUCGGAUGAUCACGAGAUCGUCGCCUGGGAGUGGACCAAGGAUGCCAGCGAUGAGGCCAAGGCUGUGGAUAUGCAGAACACAAGAACUCCCUACGUUCAGUUGUCCAAUCUGGAGGAGGGCAUGUACACCUUUGUGCUCAAAGUCACCGAUGGCAGCGGGCAAUCCAGCACAGCCAAGGUCCAUGUCUUUGUGAAGCCCCCAACGAACUCACCGCCAGUCGCCGAGGCAGGAACUAAUACGACCACUAGCUUACCCAUUAACUGGGUGCUUUUGAAUGGUUCCGAAUCCAAAGAUGAUAUUGGCAUCAAGACUUAUUCAUGGAAGCAAUUGAGCGGACCCAAUAAUGCUGUCAUCUUGAAGUCUAACUCAUCGAUUGCCAAUGCUACAUCCUUAACUUUAGGUCUCUAUGAGUUUGAGUUGAGUGUAGCAGAUGAAAACAAUAACACGGCUACGGACACCAUCUGGGUGAAGAUUGUUCAAGAACGCAAUGCCGCCCCAAUAGCCAACGCUGGCGGAGAUCACACCAUCACUUUGCCAGCAACAGCCAUUUAUUUCAAUGGCUCCAAAUCCAGGGACGAUCUGGCUGUAGUCAAAUACCUUUGGACACGUGAUGAGCACAGCCUGGCCGCUGGAGUCAUUGUGGCCGAGACCGACAAGGAACCAGUGAUGAUUUUAACAAAUCUUGUGCAAGGUCGCUAUGUUUUCACGCUGACUGUGAGCGAUGAUCAGGGGUUGACCAGUUCAGAUACGGUCAGCGUGAAUGUCCGACGCGAUCCCAAACUGCUAAACUUGGUUCAAAUGACCCUGCCCAUGGGCAUCUCGGUGCUCGCACAAUCCGAACUGGAUUCCGUGGUGCAGAAACUACAGCUUCUGCUGGGGGACGAGAACAAGAUUCAGGUCAGGGAGCUCAAAUACGAUCUGCAUACCGAUGCCACUGUUCUGGUCUUUUAUGUGAACGAUGGUUUGGGAAAGGCACUAGAUGGCCUGCAAGUGGAGCGCCAGUUGAGGACUCAACUCCAGAAAGAUGCUUCUAUAUUGGGCGCAUUUGCUGUCGACAUUCGCACCACCGUUUGUCAAAAUGAUUGUUCCGGUCAUGGAACCUGUAAUCCCAUUACACGGGCUUGCAUAUGCGAGGCAUUCUGGAUGCCUUCAGCAGGUUACUUCUUCAAUAAUCAGGAGGCCAAUUGUGACUGGUCUAUAUUGUAUGUGUUUGUUGGAGUGAUUGUUGGCUGCCUGUUGCUAUCUGGAGUAUUUUGGGGCAUCGCCUGUGCGUGCAGACAAUCGAAGAAGCCGCGACUUCGCCAGAAAGUGCAAAAAUAUUCAUUGAUAGGUAACAAGGAUGAAGAAGCCGCCAAUUAUUCCCGCAACACAUCGCUGACCGAAUCGGAGACGGAUUCCGAUGUCCUUUUUGAGACCCGGACCAAGUCAAAUGGCCUGGGCAAGCACAAGUCGCACAGUCAUGGCCAUGGAAGUAGUGGCGGCAGCGGAUCUUCCGGUCGGGAUGGCCACAAGUAUGGAGCACAAAAGUUGGGCCGCAAGAUUAAGGCAUAAAAAUAUAGGCAUAUGUGUGUGUUAGUCGAUCUACUAUACUGUGUGUGUGAUAUCUAUUUGUAUUUCUAUAAUGUACUCGGAUCUUUUGUACUUUCCGCAAAGCCGUCUGAAGUCAAGUUGUCUAUAAGUUCCUUUACGUGCAAUUAUGUUUAAGUUAAGAGUUUUUCUUUUAGAUUAUUUUAAGCUGCUGCUGUGCAACAAACCUUGUUUAUAACGUUUAGUUUUACUGCAUUUAUACUGCGAUACUUUUUAUGUGUGUAUAUAGACAUAGCUGUUCACAAUCAAUGUAACAACCAACAUGUAACUGCUUAAAAGUGCAUUAUUACCCACAUUAAACGAAACCAAUAGAUGAAA